AUGCCAAACACAGAUCACUACAUUCUCAAACGCAGCGGUUGGCUCUUCCUACUCGUCUUCACCCAUCUCUCAGCAUCUUGUCUCCGCACCAUCCUCGACCGCACCUUUCUCGUCGCCGAUUUCGACAACUAUCCUCCCUCAUCUUACAUGUGCGAUCAUGAGCACUUUUGUUAUCAUUGUCGAAGGAAGAGUCAGAAAUGGGAAGAACGAGCGAAGACCGAAGGAAUCAAGACACCUUUUGGGACUGUUCUAUUCAAGGAUGAAGAUGAGGAUGAGCAGACCACGGCUAUUAUUGAGAAUGGGAUUGUGGGGGGUGUUUUGAUAAUAGGGUGUGCGGGGCUGUGGAAGACGAGGGGGGUUUGGGGGUGGUGGGUGGUUCCAACGGGGCUGGGGCUUUGGGCGACUUUUUUUGCGGACUUCUUUUGGGUGUUGGAGAAGGCGGUGGAGAAGUUGGAAGAGUCAGGGAUGUUUGAUGAUGAUAAGGAGAGUGAGGAGGAAAGCGAGGAUGAAGAUGAGGAAGAUGAGGAAGAUGAGGAAGAUGAGGAAGAUGAGGAAGAUGAGGAUGAUGAGGUUGAUGAGGUUGAUGAAGACGAGGAUAAUAAUAUGCUACCCCCUCUCUUAUGGGUAAAUGAUUGA